AUGGCGGGUACGACGGAGAUACAUUCUUUAUUCGCUGAGAGAAAGUAUGCGUGUCUCGAUUACUACGAUGUGUCGGUGCUUAGCAAAGCACAAAAAGUGACCAUAGUAGAGGAAAUGAGCAAUAUCCUUCAUGCAUUCCUCAAAUAUAUCGGGCAUUCCCAUGAGGUACCCGAGAAGGAUAGUUGCCUUCGCGAGUCACUUUGGAGAUGGGCUCGAACGGAGCUGACCAGAGCGACUUCCUGUGACAUCGCCUCACUCAAUACCCUCCUCGAAGAGGCCGUUUCGAGCACGGAGGGCUAUUAUCCUGUCGCAUCUCAUGAGGUGAGGUUAAUGAUGGCCAAAGCCACAGCUUUAGCCAUCAGCCUGGACAGCAAUUUCCUCUCCCCGGAGGCAAAAGAGAAGCUUCCACAUUCGCAGAAUCGCUUCUGGCAGGGCCUGGAGCCAGAGGAUGUAUGGUCGCCCGUAUUUUUUAAUUUCGUUGGAGAGUGUGCAGGCCUUUUUGGCGCCAAUAAUCCUUUGCUAGGUACGUUGGUUUCUUCCGGGUGGUCACGUUGGCUUGACGGAUGCCUGUUGGAAGAACAGCUGUGGGGAAUAGUCCAAAAUAUAGGAGAUAAAGAAGGACAAGCACUGGAUACCAACUUCUGUCCAAUUGAGGACUUUCCCUACUACCUUCGGACUCUAACGGGGGCGCCAAUAUCAUACUGUGUCCCAGCUUUUAAACCAUCGCGCGAAGUGGAAGUUCCGUAUUCCGUGUGGUUUUCUUAUGCGCCGGCUUUAACAACGGUUAUUAAUCUUGGAAAUGACUUAUUUUCCUAUCCAAAAGAGGUUUUUGAUGGCGAGAAAGUCAACUAUGUCUCGCUUGUAACUCAGAUAAAACGGGCUUCCGGAUGCAGGUCGCGGUUUGCAGAAGGGAGCCUAUGGACCUUCCGAGAUACUAUCUGCGAUCUGUUCCAGAGGCUGUUGCAGAGCUGCGAGGUUCUUGAGCAAGCGUUCAAGGUUCCUCGUCAAUGCAAUGAAGCAGACGAAAUCUCCAGGUAUGGCAGCACGAGCUCUGAUUUAAACCUAGCAAAUUAUCUGUGCCAUGAAUUCAUACACGGGUAUCUUGGUUGGCAUGUUAAUUCUCCUCGAUAUCGCCUGGACUCCCUGAGAGCUCGCUUGACCUCAGAUGCUUCAGGGGAAGUUCAAUGCAAUACUACUUGUAUUUAA